GUAGUCUUGUCCACGGAGCAUCAGCUACUCGACGCUGACACAAAAACAGAUAGACACGGGACAACUACCUCAGCCGCUCAGAGUUCUUGUGUUCUUGUGCCAUCCUCCUCCGCUACCGGCUCCAUCGAGAGCCGAACAUGAACAUGGACUUCACCGGAGACGCCGACGGCUUCGCCCUCGACUUCAUCCGCGACCUCAUGCUCGGCGGCGACGGCAGCGUCCCCGUGGACAGCCCUGUCGUCGUAGUUUCCGACGACGUCACCUUCCCCGUCCUGCCGCCUCAACCGGAGUUCCAGCCCGUGUCGUUGUUACCGCAGCAGCAGCAACAUCAAGGCUACAUAGAUAUAGACCUGACGACGGCCGAGUGCGUGGGAGCUGCUCCGACCGCGGCUGCUGUCGUUGGCGAGGCGGCGGCGUUCCGGGCGCACGAGCCGGCGCCACCGGUGAUGAUAAAGUUCGGGAGCGAGCCGUCGUCGCCCACGGCCAUGAGGCAGCCGCCGCUCACCAUCUCCGUGCCCCCGAGCUCGUACGCCUGGGUGUCGUCGGCCGGCAUGCCGGCCGCGGCCGUUGAGGAGGACUUCCGCAAGUACCGCGGCGUCCGGCAGCGGCCCUGGGGAAAGUACGCGGCGGAGAUCCGCGAUCCGAAGCGGCGUGGCUCGCGCGUGUGGCUCGGCACCUACGACACGCCCGUCGAGGCCGCGCGCGCCUACGACCGCGCCGCCUUCCGCAUGCGCGGCGCCAAGGCCAUCCUCAACUUCCCCAACGAGGUCGGCACCCGCGGCGCUGACCUCUGGGCCGCGCCAGCGACGGCGAGCAAACGGAGGCGGCAGCAGAUGGAGGGUGGUCAGGACGACCCCGAGGUCGAGGUGGUCGCGGUGGUGAACAAGGUGGUGAAGAUCGAGGCGCCGCCGCCGCCGUCGACCCAGGUGUCCUCAACCUCGCCGUCGCCUGUGUCUACACCCGAGACCACCGCCUCAUCGACGGUGACGUCAGCUACGACAGAGACGGGUGGAGGUGCUGAGUGGCUCCCCGUGACACCAUCGAGCGGGAGCUCGGAGCAGUACUGGGAGGCGUUGCUCCGCGAUCUGCCGCCGCUGUCGCCGCACCCAGCGUUGGGGUUUCCGCUGCUCAGCGUAAAUUGACGGCAUGUGCGUGUGGGUGUUCUCGAAAUUGUAUUUGCAAGGGUUUAGACCACCAAGUUUAAGCAGAGUAGGAAUUGAUCACCACCUACAGUAGAGAGUAGAGUAGGCAACAUAAGUUGGACAUAGCAUUUUUGCCCUAAAGGACAUUUGCUCCUACUCCCUCCACCGCUCAAUGCAGAUUCGUAUCGAUUUCUCAAUACGAAUUCAGCGGUAAAGAGAGUGAGAGCAUAUGCCCUCAAAGACAAAAAUAACUUUACCGAUAUAAGUUGCACAAAUAGUUCUCAGAGAUUUGAUGGUUUUUCUGAAUUCAUAUAUAUGUAUACAUGAAUUCAGAAACCCUCAGAUCCCUCUUCUAAGAGUGAACUAUUUACAUGAAAUGCGAUUUGGUUUGUUUAUUAAAAAGUUUUUUUAGAGAUUGUUUAUUGUA